GGUUGACAUUAAUCUCCAAUUUGAAGCCUCCUAAAGCUGGUGAAGGUUAAUUUGGUAGUCGUCGGAGCUCUUCAAAUCUUCACCUGAAGUAGAUUCAUAUUGAUAACUCCUCAAAAACAGUGCUUUAAGUGACUACUCAAACACCUGCACGCCUUCCCCGAAAGAAGAGGUCUCCACCACAGUGUUCAUAAGCAGCCUUCUGCUCUCUGUGCGCCGCCCCCCCCCAUGAGCCCCGCCAUGAAGCCACUUCUCUACCUCUACCUCGCCAUCUUCCUCUCCGCCCCGUAUGCCUUCCCCGCCGCCGUCCAGCAGCAGACGUGCGGCAGCCCCGCCACCGUCGAGGACGCCUGCAAGGCCGUCGUCGACACCCAGCCGGCCGUCGGCUACGACUUCUGCGUCUCGUCCCUCGGCGCCGCGACGUCGCUGGUCAAGCCCACCGACCUGCACGAGCUGGCGGCCACCGCGGCGAAGCUGGCCAUCUCCCACGCGACAGCCACCGAGUCCAAGAUCGAGGAGCUGAUGGACCUGGAGAACGACGCCACCGUGAAGUCCUGCUUCAACACCUGCCUGGACGUGUACACUGACGCGGCCGACCGCUUGAGGGACGCCCUCGACAACCUCUCCGCCCGGCUCUACCAGAAGGCGAUGGCGCAGCUCGACGGCGCCAUGGACGCGGCGGACAAGUGCGAGGAGGCGUUCAAGGAAUCCAAGGGAUCGUUUCCUUUGGCGUCCAUGGACAAAGACUUCAGCAGGUUGGCGAGCAUUGCCCAUGGCAUCAUCGUCUCCAUCGAGUGAUCCUCUACUUCAGUCAUUCACGUGUUUGAUCUGCCCCUCUUUUUCUUUUCUUUUUUCUGUUUAUUUAAGGGUGUAAGAGAGUAAGAGUUCAUGUUUUCUAGCAAUAUUGAUGCAGUUCGUUUAGCAAGCUUC